AUGACAAAUCCUUCCUCUGAAUCUCCUACUCCAAAUUUUGCAUAUUGCCUACCGUGCCCUAAUGGAACUCUUAGUUCUGGUGCUUAAAUAGUUGAUCAAUCUGUGUGCAACUCUUGUGCAAUAAAUUAUUAUAUGGUCUAAAGCUCAAUAGCUGCUUCAUAAAACAAUAAUAAUUAAGGAUUUGUGCUAGCUACUUUUUAAUUAUGUAUUCUACUAUGA